AUGGACACUUUACACGGGGUGACCAUUAUCCUACUCUUGUUCCUUUUAGAGCAUGCAAUGCCAUUGGAUAACAAUUCAGACACAGUGUAUGUGGGGUCUGUGUUUAUGGAGGAAGCUCUUCGCAGGGCCAUUGAGCUGACCGAUGCCGCCUACGCUCGCACAACCGAAAGGGUGAAGAAUUCUUUGUCCGAGGGCGUUCUGAGACCGACGGAUCUGUUGGCUCACUUCAAGCGCACCCAAAGCCCGAGCAGGACACACGUGAGGGCCGCUGAGCUGCUGGACAACACGGUGGAGCUGAUCCGAGAAAUGGUCUACACUCACACUAUGACGAAGCCUGGCUGUCACGAGCUGCUGAGUGAAGCAGAUGUUGAGCAUCUACUGCAAGCUAGCGGCUGCUUGGCUCAAGUACAUGCAGUUGGCUGUCCUACUGGCUGUGUGGCCGAACGCUACAGGACCAUCACGGCCCACUGCAACAACAAACAACAUCCCAAAUGGGGUUCUGCAAACAUUCCCUAUUCUCGCUGGCUGCCUCCAGAGUAUGAAAACACGUGGGGGACGCCCAGAGGCUGGGAUCCAGAUCACACCUACCACAACUUCAGCUUACCCCCAGUCCGCCAGGUGUCUCAGGAGAUCCUGUUCACUCCCAAUCACAAUAUUUCUCUGGAUUCAACUCUUUCCCAUUUGCUUGUCGAAUGGGGCCAGUGGAUUGAUCAUGACCUGGUGCUCACCCCCCAGAGUCCAAGCACGGCGGCUUUCCGGACCGGGGCGGACUGCACUCGUACCUGCAGCCAGGAUUCGCCCUGUUUCCCCAUUGAGGUUUUUCAUCUAUUUGUUUGUAAAGCCAGAUUUUUGGGGCCAGUUAAACCAAAACUAUAUCCUCAGAUCCCACCGUCUGAUCCUCGGUAUGGCAUUCAGAGUUGUAUGCCUUUCUUCCGCUCGGCUCCAAGCUGCGCAGAUGGGCCUCAUCUGCAUCGUGAACAACUCAAUGCCAUUACCUCCUUUGUGGACGCCAGCAUGGUGUAUGGUAGCUCCGAUAAGCAGGCUCUUGAACUGCGAGACCGCACCUCACCACUCGGCUCAAUGGCCUGCAAUACGCAGCACUCGGACGGCGAGUUGCCCUACCUGCCCUUCUUGCCUCGCCCGCAGGCUCACUUGGACCCAUGCGGGCCAAGAGAGGGUGCCACACCUCGGGACAACGUCACAUCAUGCUUCCAAGCAGGUGAUUCAAGAGCAAAUGAACAUUUAGGCAUGGUGGUCCUGCACACACUCUUUCUACGAGAACACAACCGCCUGGUCGAAGAGCUACACCAACUAAACCCCCACUGGAGUCCCAACACCCUCUAUCAGGAGGCUAGGAAGAUCAUUGGCGCCACCCACCAGAUUCUAACAUGGGAGCACUAUCUACCACGGAUCCUUGGAGAGGAGGCCGCGUCAAGGCAAAUGCCUCCCUAUGAGGCUUACAACCCUAACACAGAUCCCAGCAUUGCCAAUGUCUUUGCCACCGCCGCGUUCCGUUUUGCUCAUGUCACCGUGCAGCCGAUUCUAAGCAGACUUGGGCCUGGAUACGUCACCAACUCCCAGCAUCCCUCACUACCCCUGCAUCACUCUUUGUUUGCAUCGUGGAGGGUUGUCCAAGAGGGUGGUAUAGACCCCGUGCUGCGUGGCCUCUUGCUGUCUCCUGCAAAGCUUCAGACUCCUGGUCAGAUGAUGGUGGAAGAGUUGACAGAGCGUCUUUUUCAGGCACAAGGCGGAAUGCCUCUGGACCUUGGGGCCCUCAACCUUCAGAGGGGCAGAGACCAUGGACUACCAGGAUACAGCUCAUGGCGAAGGUUUUGCGGGCUCGCUGUUCCUAACACCACCAAGGAGCUGGCAGAUAUUAUGGAUAAUCCAUCUCUAGCUCGCAAAUUCCAGCAACUGUAUGGCACGCCGCACAACAUCGACGUUUGGGUGGGGGCCAUCUCUGAACCGCCUCUACCCGGAGGCCGGGUUGGACCACUGCUGUCCUGUCUGCUGGGAAGACAGUUUAGAGCGCUGAGAGACGGUGACAGGUUUUGGUGGGAGAGGAAGAACGUGUUCACCGGCACACAGAGGUCUCACCUCCGCGCCGUCUCUCUGUCCCGCAUAAUUUGUGACAACACCCAUAUCGCGUAUGUACCCGAAGACCCGUUUUCUCGCACAGAGGAUCCGGACUCCAUGCUGGCCUGCUCGAACCCACUCAUCCCCAAACUCGACCUCAGCCCGUGGAAAGAACCACUCUCAGAUCCAAACUGCGGUCCCAUACCCAGAAUUCAGUCUGGCUACUCCCUGCGUUGUGACUCUGUGAUCAUCUUUGAGUGUCAAGCUGGUUUCGAGCUGCAAGGUUCUUCAUCCAUCAGCUGUGACGCACAAAGUCAGAGGUGGAGCUCACCACCUCCAACAUGCAAGGACAUAAACGAAUGUGAACAACAAAUUCUGAUUUGCCCACAAAACAUGGAGUGUCUCAACUUGCCAGGUUCUUUUUCGUGCUCAGAGUUAACCUCACCAUCCACCAUUUUGGUUGUCAUGUCAGCCUUGGUUGUGAUCGGCGGUGUUGCCGGAAUACUAAUGAUCCUUAGCUGUUUUCGAAGGUGGUUGCCGAACAAAGAUGCGUUAGUCUGUGCCGGAUGUUGCCAAGGGAAUAAUUAA